UCUCCUUUUAAAUGCUUGGCAUUAUCUUUUUGCUUUAGGUUCUGGAUUUGGAGCAUCCACAAAAGCCAUGUGUUUAGGGAUGCGAUACUGGAAGCCGGAAAGGCUGGAGUCACUUAUUGAAGUGAGCAUUGAAUGCGGACGAAUGACUCAUAACCAUCCUACAGGCUUUCUAGGGUCCCUCUGCACAGCUCUCUUUGUGGCGUAUGCAAUACAAGGGAAACCCCUUGCGCAGUGGGGAAGAGACAUGAUGAAGGUCGUGCCGAUGGCUGAAGAAUACUGCAAGAAGACCAUUCGCCACAUGGCAGAAUAUCAGGAGCACUGGUUUUACUUCGAAGCCAAGUGGCAGUUUUAUUUGGAGGAGAGAGAAAUCAACGAGGAAAAUCAGAAUAAACCUGUCUUUCCGGACAACUAUGAUGCAGAGGAGAGAGAAAAGACGUACAGGAGGUGGAGCUCCGAAGGCCGGGGUGGGAGACGAGGCCACGACGCCCCCAUGAUCGCCUACGACGCCCUGAUGGGCUGCGGCGGGGACUGGACGGAGCUCUGCAACCGCUCCAUGUUCCACGGAGGAGAAAGCGCGGCUACUGGGUCUAUCGCUGGCUGCCUGUACGGCUUGGUUUAUGGCCUGAGCAAGGUCCCAAAAGGCUUGUACCAGGACCUGGAACAGCGGGAGAGGCUCGAGUACUUGGGCGAGAAUCUUUACCGACUAUCCACGGAGGAAAAGUAAAGCAGUUUCUGCCAUUUUCUCUUUCUAUAAAGACUAUAUCAAACCCUGUAGAUAACUGACUGAUGUUCAUAGCGAAGGAAUUAGCCGAGAGUUAGUCUGAAAGGCUGUAUGUAGACCGUGUGCAAGUGAAGAUAGCUGAAUUAUUCAAGACUGAUUAGAUAUUUACAGUCUUUGUGGGUUUUUUUUACAGAUGUAGGGAUUUCUGAGUAUAAAGAGUGCUGCUUAAGCCAGUGAGAUAAUCUCAAAUGGAAAAAAAUAAAUAAAACCUCUUU